AUGGCUGACCUGGCGCUUUUAGAAGACGCAUAUGCGCCCUUGAGAAGGGAAAGAGUAUUUCAGGAUAGGCGAGAUUUUCUGAAUGAAUCAGAUGAAUGGCUGAUGAGCAGAUUCCGUCUUCCAAGGCAUCUUCUCCUGGAGCUGUGCAAUAACCUGGAGCCCUACCUCCAACGUGAGACCCGGCGGUCAAGGGCCUUACCUGUCCCAGUCCAGGUUCUCUCCACACUGGGGUUCUUGGCCACUGGAACCUUUCAACGGGAGAUUGCUGACAGGUCUGGCAUAUCCCAACCCACCAUGAGCCGCAUGCUGUCAUCCGUGCUGGCUGCCAUCAGGACUCUCAUCCCACACUACAUCCAAUUCCCAUACGACAAUGCCCAGCAAACAAUGAUUAAAAGGGGGUUUUAUGAGAUUGCUGGGAUUCCAAAUGUCAUAGGUGCAAUUGACUAUACCCACGUGCGUCUGAAACCGCCAUCGGUUAAUGAUUACGCAUACAUCAACCGCAAAAAUUAUCAUUCAGUCAAUGUGCAAAUUAUUUGUGAUGCCAGACUCCGCCUAUUAAAUGUUGUGGCACUAUGGCCUGGAGGCACCAACGAUGCCUUCAUUUUUGAGCACAGCAGCGUGCGCAGACGGCUGCAGGAGGGCGCAUUGAGGGGUCAUGGUUAUCUUUUAGGUGACAGGGGUUAUCCUCUUUUGGACAUUUUGAUCACCCCUGUGCCAAACCCCGUGACGCAUCAGGAGCGCAACUUCAACCACGCGCACGCACGAACACGAGCCACUGUGGAGCGCUGCGUGGGGCUCCUAAAAGGUAGAUGGCUCUGCCUGGCACACGCGGGGGGCACGUUGCUCUAUUCGCCAAAGAAGGUGUGCAACAUCAUUUUGGCAUGUGCCGUCUUGCACAACAUGGCUGAGAUAAACCGUGUGCCAUUUGACGCGCUGGCCCCAGACCCAGAAGUGCCAGUAGAGCAGUGGGCAGCACCACCGGCUUUAGGAGCCUUUCAGCUCAGACGGGACCUUUUUCAGCGGUUUUAA